CGGGGAGGGGGCGGAAGUGCGUCACGGCCGCUUCCGCUUUGCGGACGCUUCAAGAUGGCGGCGCUGGCGUUGAGAUGCGUCGGGCGGCGAUGCCUGCUGGCUCGGCUCGGCCCCGGCUUCCCCGUGCGACACGUUGUCCCGAUGGCGACGACGGCCAAGGAGGAGAUGGCUCGCUUCUGGGAGAAGAACACCAAGUCCAGCCGUCCCCUGUCCCCUCACGUCACCAUCUACAAGUGGUCCCUGCCCAUGGCGAUGUCCAUCAUGCACCGGGGCACCGGCGUCGCGCUCAGCUUGGGCGUCUCCCUCUUCAGCCUGGCUGCCCUGCUGCUCCCGGAGCAGUUUCCCCACUACCUGGCCGUGGUGAAGUCGCUCAGCCUGGGCCCUGCUCUCAUCUACUCCGCUAAGUUCGCCCUGGCUUUCCCCCUCUCCUACCACACCUGGAAUGGGAUCCGGCACCUGGCGUGGGACCUGGGGAAGGGCUUCAAGCUCAGCCAGGUCCAGCAGUCCGGGCUGCUGGUCCUGGUCUUGACCCUGCUCUCCUCGGCGGGGCUCGCGGCCCUGUGAAGGCUCCUCCCGGUCGACGGCCUCCCGGUUUUUGGAAGAUUUGUUCCGUCCUGGCCCACCUGGGGAUGCACGAGGAGAGGGAGGCCGGGGGGGGGACACAGACUCCCGAGUCACUAGAAGCCUUUGGGGGAGGGGGCGCUUCCCCUGCUGACGAAUCUCGCGGAUGAUCAGAGUUGCUUUUCCUUAGCCCAGGCGAAGCGCUGCGCCCAGCUGGCUGCCUCGUUGCGGCAGGGGGGGGGGGGACAGGACGUGGGGGUCUCGUGCUUGCGGCGUCGCACUCCUGAGAGCUGCCGGACUUAACCCGAGCAAACUCCAGGGCGUUUCUUUUCUCUGCCCUGUCCCCGAGCUUGGGACAAUGCUGGAUCUGUGUCCCCGCGGCUCCGAGUGGGCUCGGGGAGGCCGGCAGCACGCGUGUAGGCUCGGCGCAGGACAACCGUCCGCAUUGAGGGCAGCCUGUGCCAGGGGAGGGAGAGCGGGCACAGCUGCCAACGCCAGCACCCGCGCGGGGAAGGGGACGUUUGGGCCGCCCGCGUGCCACCGCGGUGCUCAAUCCCGACUCCUCGCCGUUGAAAUUGUUCUAAUUCAGCCAGAUUUGGGGGCUCCGGAGCCCCUGCCACGUCCAGUUUUCCCGUUGGGAAGUUGCUCUGUCAGCGGCGUGCCCGGGAGGGCCGAGGUUCUCCCGGCGCGUGUUGCCAGCGGCUGUCGGCUCAGCGCUUCUUCAUCGCCCACCUUUGCAAUAAAGCAGCCUCGAUCCCUCA